AAGAGAGAGAAGGGCUUCAGUUACAACAUCUCAGCAGGAAGUCUCAGUUGUGGUUUUAAAUGCAGGCCAGAGAUUCUCCUGCAAGAGAAACUUUGUGAGCAACAGCAGAGCGAGUGAGGAGCGUUCAGCAGCAGCAGCAGCAUGAGCAGCCGUGUGGAGCAUCCUGCUGCGGGCUACAGGAAGAUCUUUGAGACGGUGGAGGAGCUGAAUGAACCCUUACCUGCAAAGAUCACUGGCGUUAUCCCCUCAUGGCUCGGCGGCUCUCUCCUCCGGAUGGGUCCAGGUCUGUUCGAGGUCGGGGGCGAACCUCUCAACCACAUGUUUGAUGGACAGGCUCUGAUACACAAGUUUGACCUGAAGGACGGUCAGGUGACCUACUACAGGAAGUUCAUCAGGUCAGACGCGUACGUCCGUGCGAUGGCUGAGAACCGAGUGGUCAUCACGGAGUUCGGCACGGCAGCGUACCCCGACCCCUGCAAAAACAUCUUCUCCAGAUUCUUCACGUACUUCCGAGGCAUCGAAGUGACCGAUAACUGCGUGGUGAACGUGUAUCCGAUCGGCGAGGACUUCUACGCCGUCACAGAGACCAACUACAUCACCAAGGUCGACCCCGAGACGCUGGAGACGCUGGAGAAGGUGGACCUGUGCAAGUACCUGUCGGUGAACGGGUUGACCGCCCACCCCCACACCGACUCGGACGGCACGGUCUACAACGUCGGCAACUGCUUCGGCAAGAACAUGAGUCUGGCCUAUAACAUCGUCAAGAUCCCGCCGGCGCAGAAAGACAAAUCCGACCCCAUAAAGAAAUCCCAGGUGGUGGUUCAGCUCCCCAGCAGUGAGAGGUUGAAGCCCUCCUACGUGCACAGCUUCGGCAUGACGGACGACCACUUUGUGUUCGUGGAGCAGCCGGUGAAGAUCAACCUGCUCCGGUUCCUGUCGGCCUGGAGCAUCAGAGGAGCCUCCUACAUGGACUGCUUCGAGUCCAACGAGAGCAUGGGGACGUGGUUCCACCUGGCGACUAAAGACCCAGCCGGCUACAUGAGCAGCCACAAGUUCAGGACAUCGGCCUUCAACCUGUUCCACCACAUCAACGCCUACGAGGACGACGGCUUCAUCGUGGUCGACCUCUGCACGUGGAAAGGUCAUGACUUUGUGUAUAACUACCUGUACAUGGCCAACGUGAAGGACGAGUGGGAGGAGGUGAAGAAAGCAGCGAUGAGAGCUCCUCAGCCCGAGGUCAGGCGAUACGUCCUGCCGCUGGACAUACACAGGGAGGAGCAGGGGAAGAACCUGGUGUCUCUGUCCUACACCACGGCCACUGCUGUUCUUCACAGUGACGGCACCAUAUGGCUCGAACCUGAGGUUCUCUUCUCUGGACCAAGACAGGCCUUCGAGUUUCCACAGAUUAACUACUCUCUGUAUCGCGGGAAGAAAUAUUCCUUCGCCUACGGCCUCGGGCUCAACCACUUCAUCCCCGACAGGAUAGUCAAGCUGAACGUCCAGACCAAAGAGACGUGGGUGUGGCAGGAGGAGGAGUGUUACCCGUCAGAGCCGCUGUUUGUCCCAACACCCGGAGCCACAGAGGAGGACGACGGUUUGCUGCUGAGCAUCGUGGUGAAGCCCGGCGCGGAGAGACCGAGCUUCCUGCUGCUGCUCGACGCCGCCAACCUGAGCGAGCUGGCCAGGGCCGAGGUGGACGCCAUCGUGCCCAUGACUCUGCACGGCACGUUCAAACCCCGCCGCCGCUCGUCCACGCCCGAACCCGACUCGUCAGUGGACCUGUGCAAGUACCUGUCGGUGAACGGGUUGACCGCCCACCCCCACACCGACUCGGACGGCACGGUCUACAACGUCGGCAACUGCUUCGGCAAGAACAUGAGUCUGGCCUAUAACAUCGUCAAGAUCCCGCCGGCGCAGAAAGACAAAUCCGACCCCAUAAAGAAAUCCCAGGUGGUGGUUCAGCUCCCCAGCAGUGAGAGGUUGAAGCCCUCCUACGUGCACAGCUUCGGCAUGACGGACGACCACUUUGUGUUCGUGGAGCAGCCGGUGAAGAUCAACCUGCUCCGGUUCCUGUCGGCCUGGAGCAUCAGAGGAGCCUCCUACAUGGACUGCUUCGAGUCCAACGAGAGCAUGGGGACGUGGUUCCACCUGGCGACUAAAGACCCAGCCGGCUACAUGAGCAGCCACAAGUUCAGGACAUCGGCCUUCAACCUGUUCCACCACAUCAACGCCUACGAGGACGACGGCUUCAUCGUGGUCGACCUCUGCACGUGGAAAGGUCAUGACUUUGUGUAUAACUACCUGUACAUGGCCAACGUGAAGGACGAGUGGGAGGAGGUGAAGAAAGCAGCGAUGAGAGCUCCUCAGCCCGAGGUCAGGCGAUACGUCCUGCCGCUGGACAUACACAGGGAGGAGCAGGGGAAGAACCUGGUGUCUCUGUCCUACACCACGGCCACUGCUGUUCUUCACAGUGACGGCACCAUAUGGCUCGAACCUGAGGUUCUCUUCUCUGGACCAAGACAGGCCUUCGAGUUUCCACAGAUUAACUACUCUCUGUAUCGCGGGAAGAAAUAUUCCUUCGCCUACGGCCUCGGGCUCAACCACUUCAUCCCCGACAGGAUAGUCAAGCUGAACGUCCAGACCAAAGAGACGUGGGUGUGGCAGGAGGAGGAGUGUUACCCGUCAGAGCCGCUGUUUGUCCCAACACCCGGAGCCACAGAGGAGGACGACGGUUUGCUGCUGAGCAUCGUGGUGAAGCCCGGCGCGGAGAGACCGAGCUUCCUGCUGCUGCUCGACGCCGCCAACCUGAGCGAGCUGGCCAGGGCCGAGGUGGACGCCAUCGUGCCCAUGACUCUGCACGGCACGUUCAAACCCCGCCGCCGCUCGUCCACGCCCGAACCCGACUCGUCAUGAAUCAACCGACUCACACUGCCUCACAGCCGAGUGGAUUUCUCAAUUUUUCUCCAAAUUUUGAAAUAUUCUUUUGUGCCAGAGCAGCUGCUGGGGUAGAAAAUCAGAAAAUGGGAUCUGAUCCAGACUGACUGUGACGCUGUCGGUGACUGAAAACUCCUCACGAGUCAACUUACUCUGACGGAUUCUCUGUAAAACAUUAAUGUGGUAUGAAAAUUACUUUUGUUUUUCAUUUAUGUUUUUUUUCUUCUGGAACGUAUAUAUACGCACGAAAACAACAUAUGACAACACGUUCCUUCCGUCCUUGAGCUCAAAGCUCCACAAAUGAUCCGUGGCGUGAUAAAGUCUGACACUUUACUUUGCUUUUGACAAUGUUGUAUUUCAUAAUCAAAAGGGAACGUGCACAUUUAUGAAAACCGUCCUUGUAUAAGCAAACGCUACAAAUACAUUCAUACUAAAAAUGUUUUGCAACAGAUAUUUUAUAUUGUAAUCACAUUUCUUUUUUUCUUUUAAACAAAAUGUAUAUUUCAAUUUGCCCUCUAGUGGCCAAUAAAGUCUGUUAAUGCAGUAUUAAGUUAAACUUGAGGCUUUAUUUUUUAGUUUUGUUUUGACGGGAAUAACAUGUUAGUUUUACUCUGUAGCCACUUGUUAUUGUUAUUUCCAUUUCUCCUUAUGAUUUAUGUAACAAUUUACAAGCACUUUCUUCUGCUUUUGUUUAAAGAAUAAAGGUUUAAAUUCAUAACUCAAAA